CCGGCGAGGUGCCGGGAAAGCCAUAGCCGGAAUGAGCAGCAGGUGGCACCUGCCGUCUCCGUCCGCAACUGCGCUGCCGCCGAACGCAGCCAUUGCAUUCGGACGCCGCCGACGAGGCGGGUCGAGGGCUCUGUGUCUUGCGCAUCGGUUCCUCACUCGAGCGUCGCCAGACGUCCAUGUCGUCGGUCUCUGAAUCGAUUCUGGGCGCAGGUUUUGGUGCGGUCCGCCACUCCGCACGAGCUCUUCAUUCGCCACCCGCAUUGGCAUGCCCUGCUGAGUUACAGCCGAGGCCGCGCAGUAGCAGUCGUCGGCCGAAGACGUUCCGAGGGGCCGAAGUGGAGCCGAAGCUCGGCGGAGCAGAAUGUGGAGACAGGUGGAAGUUGGCGAUCAGGAGCUCGGGCGAGUGUGCAAGUAAUAGCAGCCGUGUGGCGUGUGGAUUGAAGAUGUGCCCGACUGCUCCGGAUGCUGGCGGUGUUUGUAUUCACGCUGCUGCUUCCAGGGUGACGGCAAAUUCUUUAGCUCGAAUCGUGGGAGAAGGGAAUUCAGGUGUCAAUUCGGAAGCGGAAGAGAAGCGGACCAAUGCAGUAGAUUGUUCAUUCGAAGAGAUUUCAGAAUUGGAUGUGAGCCGUGGGAGGAAUGUGGAGGAUUCUAGGGCAGAGGCCGCAGACCCAACUUUUUCAGAUGAGGAGGGUCUAGCGAUGGGUUCAUUACAGGGUUUUGGGUUAGAUGAUGUUAAUUCUCCUCGUGGUAGUGACGAGGAGUGUUCUAGUGGUGGCGAGGGGAACCACAAUAGCAGCUCUCCACGGAAAAGAGGCUACUGCAAGCGUUGUUGCAAAGCUGCAUCGCGUUGUAUAUGCGACAUGAUUACGAGCCCUGUCAAUAACAAGACAGGGAUAAUUAUACUGCAGCACCCGCUGGAAAACAAUCAUCACUUGGGAACAGCUCGCAUAGCUGUGGUUGGUUUGCGCAAUGUGGAGCUCAUCUCUGUCCCCGAAGAUGAGGAGCAAUUUUCGACCAGGUUGCGACCAAAAGUUCCAGGGUCGAAACGGCAGAUUGCGGGAAGGGGAGGUAAGAAAGCCCAGUUUUUGUCGCAAGGCGAUCCCCAUAGAAGGAUUCCCAGGAAACCUCCGGGUGAACCUAAACGCCAGACGGAAGCGACCAUCCAGGUCAAGCAUGAGGUCGCCAGGCAAAGCGAAAGGGCAACGGAUGACAACCAAGUCGUCAAAAUGGCAACUUUAGGUACGAAAUUCUUAGAGCAAGACGUGAGCUCCAUUGCCGUACCUUCGUGGAUCAACUUGCAGCCAGAUGCUGGACUUCUGUUUCCUAGUGAACACGCGAUUGAUCUUUCACCAAUUCCUCCAGAAUGUAAUUCAGUGGGUUCACACGAUCCAGAGAGUGACACUAUUUUGAGUGCUCCUCGUCGGAGAUCGCCAAGUCAGUUGAUUGUCCUAGAUGGUACAUGGUCGAAGGCCAAGCGAAUCUUUUACGAAAAUCCAUGGCUGUACUCCUUGCCCCACUACCGUCUUCCUCCAUGUGACGGAGGUAGUAGGUACGGUUUGAUACGGAAGGAGCCAAAGCCUGGCUGUAUGUCCACGGUAGAAAGCAUUGUUUUGGCUCUACAAACGUUGGAGCCCGAGAUAGAAGGACUCGACUCUCUCUUAAAUGUUUUCGACUUCAUGAUUGAGGAUCAGAAAAGAUGUAUGGGAGAUAAGUAUGCUGCUCUGGAGGAGAAAUGUAGAAAUGGUAUAACCCAAAGAUCAAAGGCUUCGAAAUAAAUAAUGUUUCGAUCUUGUGUCUAAUUUUUUGAU